AUGACACGGUUGUUUAGCUUUACACUAGUUUCGAAGACUCGAAAGUUGUUAUUAUGAAAGGUUUUGUUCGGAAAUAGAGCGUAAAAUCAAAACAUUACACGAUCAUGUGCUCUAGAAGGUUUCUGCCUACGCUUGGGCUUUCAGUAGUUCUGUGCUGUGUAGCGUUCGGAGGAUAUUACUCGUUUCUUAAAGCCACUAUUGAUGGUGGCUAUACGGAGUGGUCUGUGUGGAGUAACUGCUCGAAAGACUGCGGGGAGGGAUUUCAAACACGAUAUCGAAACUGUGCACAACCACCGCCUGGGAGAUACGGCAAAGACUGUUAUCGUUUCGGCCCAAACAAUGACAAAAAGCCUUGCUUCUUGAAAAUAUGUCCCAUCGACGGAAAAUUCAGCGAGUGGAGCAGCUUUUCUGCAUGCGACAGAUCGUGUGGCGGAGGAAAGCAAUUUAGAACUAGGCAAUGCAACAAUCCACCUGCGGUUUUCGAAGGGAAGCCUUGUGAGGGACCAUCGCGGCAAGAACAACCCUGUAAUACUCAUGAGUGUCCUAUUGAUGGCGGUUACACGCAGUGGAGUGAGUACGGGCCGUGCUCUGUAACGUGUGGAGAGGGAGUUAAGACCAGAAGGAGGACAUGUUCAAACCCGCCGCCGAGCAAAGGUGGAAAACCUUGCACGGAUCCAGCAGAGGAAUAUACCCAAUGCGGCGGUCCGUGUCCUGUUGAUGGUGGUUACACGGAGUGGACCGAAUACGGACCAUGUUCCGUAACGUGUGGCAAAGGAACUAGGAUCAGAACGAGGACAUGUACAAAUCCAAGGCCAAGCGAUGGCGGAAAAUCCUGCGAUGAACCCUCCAGCGAAUACAUUGCCUGCGAUGAGGUAGCGUGUCCAGCGAUUCAAAAACCAGAAGAAACACAACGAGGCGAUCAACUCGCACCACAACCUGAUCGACAGGCGCCGGCUUAAUAUCACAAGGACAGAAUCAGUAACACGACUGUAAUUUACUUAUGUCUACAGGUAAAUUAGAAAAAUUAUUAAUGAUUGAUUUUUUAAGUAGUACUGUUCUGAGAGGAACAUCUCGUGACAAUAUUAGCGUGUUGGCAAAUGACACGCUACAAUAAGCAAAUAUCAAGGAUGUAGAACACCUCUCUGAGUCAAAAGAGAUGUUCACAAUUCUUACUCGUAUUGACAGAUUGAUAUUCGAAUGACCAGUUUGCAAAGCGAUGCAGAGUAGCAAAAGGGGAAAAACAAAAUUAAAUUCUAUAAAAUUUAUGCAGAAAUAGGGCUGUUAUUAAUACUUAGUAAAAUGAAUGUAUAUCAAGGAACGGGAGGGUUAUAAAUAUUUAUCAGAGAAUUUUGGUACGGACUCGAAUCGUUAGAGUUUUGCUUUGAAAUUGUGAUUCGAUCAGGAAAAAUCUUUCAUAUCUCACAGAGUAUAGGGAAAAUAACUAGGGAUAGGAAAAAGAAGAA